ACCCGUCUGAACAGAGGGUGGGAAGCUAGUUAGAUACCCGCCUGGAGCUGGCGCUGGUGUUAGUGCUCGCGCGUGCGCGCGGCGCGUACGCCAACGUGCCGAAGGAGGCGGCGUAUGCCAGGUCCGGCUUUUGCCGAGGCGCUUCGUUUUCGCCUUUGGCGCUGGUGGUGGGCAUGCGCCCUAGCCACCGACCCCGCACCAAUUUGGAGGCGGUCACACAGCUUGGCUUCCUAACUGCACCGCCCCCCCACCGUGAGUGUGCGCGAGAGACAGAGAGAUACCGGGGAUACAGUACUCAAACGCCAGACAGCAGCAAGCAGCAGCGACAGCGGCAAAGGGUAGGGCAGGGCGCCUUAUAGCGGUACGUACAGCGGCUCCCCAGUGCCAGCCGGGCGGAGACGGGAACAACGCGGCAGAGUCUGACAGAUACGUAUGCUGCAAGGACGUUAAAAAAAAGAGUGGGGGGGGAGGUGAGGGCUAACCUUCCCUAGCUGCUGCUGUUGCACCUACAGGAGCCCGACCAAAAGGGAAGGCAAGGAGGCUGCCGCGCUUCUUUCUGGCCAGCCUGCCUGGUCCAUGGAGCCCAGCUAAGGCAACGCCAGCCGACGAGACCCAGGCCGGAUAGUGUUGAUGUGGAUGCUUCGGGCUGCCCAGAGAUUAAUUGGAUGCCAAUGACAGCUAUGUAAAUUACAAUUCUGCAAAGUCUCAGAAAUCCUGUAAAAUGGAGGAACUGUAUAAGGACACACAAAACCUGCCCAUGGAUGUUACCAACUCACCCUCGGCUAUGGCAAACAACAAGCUAGAAAAUGGAGUUGCCCAGCUGAUAACAGCAGAAGCAUGGAAUAUCAAUUCAGCAGACUUGAUGAAGAAAGCACUUUCGCCACUAGUAACUGUCCCUGCUCCAUCAAUAUUAACACCACCAGCAGAAUCCCAAAGCGGGGUUGCUCUCAAGGUAGCUGCUACAGUGCUUCAGCCAAUUUGUUUAGGGGACAGCCCAGUAGUUCUCCCAAUACAUCUCCAACUAGCAGGAAGCACCGCCCCUCAGACUGCUCCUAACAGUAACACUCCAUAUGUUAUGACCACUCAAGGGCCAGUUCCACUGCCUGUCCUCUUAGAGCAACAUGUAUUUCAGCAUUUAAAUUCUCCAUUGGUGUUACCACAGAGUUCCCCCUGUGCGGCCAACUCCAUUCACAGCAACCUCUUCCAGGGCUGUUCUGCCCCAAUUGGACAGCCACAACUAUUGGAUCAGAAACCAUCUAAUCCAGCUCAAGAGUCUGUCUUGCCUCCUGUGUUUCAGACACCAGGAUUCGCUGCAGUUCUACAAGAUCUCUUUCCCACACAAGGCGCCUUAGGUUCAUCAUCCUAUCAGCCACCCCCCGACUGCUCUUCUGUCCCCCCACCACAGCCCUUCAGUUUCCCUUUAUCUCCCCUGGUUCCCCCAGCCACACUCUUGGUACCGUACCCUGUGAUAGUCCCUCUGCCAGUCCCUAUCCCUAUCCCUAUCCCCAUCCCAGUGCCCCAUAGUGCUGAAUCUAAGGCCAACGUGGACUGCCCUAAACCAGCUGCUUCAUUUGUCUUGCAUUCCUGCAAAGGCACCCAGACUCCCUUGGAGAAAGAAGAAACUAAACCAUUUGAUUUCAUCCACCACAGGGAGCUUUCCCAACUGAAUCGACACACUGUCAUCAAGAUGAGUAAUGAGAAUGAGGUCCUUGAUCUGUCCAUGAAAACAGCCCCUCUGCUCAAGGAAAAUGAGAAUUCCCAGCUCUCACCGGAAGACAGUGCUUUAGACCUAUCAUUUACUUCCUGUCGGAAGACGAGCAGCACAGAAGCAAGUAAUAUCAGUCGUUCUGGAUCCAUGAUGGAUGGCAUUACUCAAUCUGUGGUAGAUAAACUCUCUAGUACUGCUUCGCCCUUUGUUCCUUCAAAACCUUAUGAGGCCCCAGCAAAGGUUGAAAGCAGAGUGAUCAGUAGCAGCUCAUCAGAACUCCUGAGACAGCAGGCCAAGUGGCUGGUGGAUCAGACUAAUAUAGCACCCUGUGAGCCCUCCACUGGCAGUAACAUUGAGAUUGUGAGCACUUCACAGACAGCCAAAGUGAUAGUCUCUGUCAAAGAUGCAGUACCUACCAUUUUCUGUGGCAAGAUUAAGGGCCUCUCAGGGGUUUCCACAAAAAACUUUUCCUUCAAAAGAGAUAUGCCCCAGGACUCAGUGUUGCAGUGUUAUGAUGUGAAGAACCAGCCGGAAGCCCGGGAUACCGCAGAGGCUCUCAGGAAACCUAUAAAAAACAGGAGUGUCAAGUUAAAGAAAAUGAACUCACAGGAAAUACAUAUUCUUCCAAUCAAAAAGCAGCGGCUUGCGGCCUUUUUUCCAAGAAAGUAAUUUAUGAGGUUUUAGAAUGUUUUAAGGUACAAUUAUUAUAAAUAAAGAGAUGCACUUCAUUUUAAAUUACAUUAAAACCUUAAACUAUCUUUAAGUUAUUUGGAGGUGGCGGACUGUGGGGUGGGGCGUGGAGGAGGAGUGGAGCGGGUGGGGGAACUGGACGUCUUCUCCCAGUACAAUGGUAUUUUUCCCCCUUAUUACGUUCUAACUUUUCAUUAAAACUAAAUAAAAACAACAUAUUUUUCAAGUGGAUUGCACAUUUUGCAGCUUUAAUGGAAUAUAAUGAGUGAGUCAGAGGGGUAAGAGCUAUUUUCACUGCCAUGAAGUGCUUUGAUGAUGUAAUUCUGAAAAAUGGUGGGUAGAAUGGAACUUUCAGAAUAAAUAUUUGUAUGUGCUA